AUGUAUGCUGUGACUAUUAGUGAUGAGGGUGACUGUUACCGGUGUUUCCCGCCCGACCCGGGCAUUGAGACUGCUGCUCUAGGUACUGGUGAGGCUGCUGCUCUAGGUGCUAGCGAGGCUGCUGCACUAGAUGCUAGUUCGUCUGCUUCCUCAGGUGCUGGUGAGUCUGCGCUCUCAGUUGCAGUCUCUCUGGCAGACCCCUCUGGGGGUCCUGUCCUUGCUCACUUCUCCACUCUCCUCCCGUGUCCGGCGGCUCCCUCUGGCACCCUGUCUAGUCUUUACCUCCCCUCGUUCUCUACGAACUUGGUGAGUGGUGCUGACCUACAGGAUGGGGGAGUUCACCAGUUCACUCCUGCGAGCCAGCGGGUGACCCACUGCACGGACGCUCGGACGGGCCGACACUUGGCCACGUUUACUCGUCGUCCGGGGUCGAGCCUGUACACAGUGACCACUGCGUCUCCUCCUGUCCCUGCGUCUCGUCAGGUAGCUGCGUCGGGUCAGGUGUUUGCUGCAGCGUCAAGGUCUGGUCCUGAGUCUGCCCCCUGCUCGUGUCGCCUCCUGUCUCACGAGAUUCUCCUCUAG